GCGCGGACCCGCCCAACCGUCCCUGCGCGGGGCAGUUUGAACUCGUGAGGGGAGCGCAGCCGCCAUGGAGGGACGGCUCUCCCGCAUCCCCGUGCACGGCCGGCUCCACCGCCCCGAGCCGCCCGCAGAAUUGCAAAUGACUCUUUCUUCAAAGAAGAAAUGUGUCAGCAAAACAUCAGAGCCAGAGUUCAGCAGGGUUCCCAGUCUGAACUUUCCCUCCAACGGUACAGUGGACAGUGUCUUCAAGGCUGCAAACCAAGGGUUGGCUAAGUCUGGCAAGAGAGUAGAACCGGUUUCAAAGAAGACGGUGGCAAGACGCCCUGUCAGCAGAUACCAAUUAGAAGCAGAGCUGAAAAGCAAGAAUCAGUUGGUGGAAACACUCAAACAACAACUAGCAAGAGCAGAGGGCACUAUUAAGUUAAGGGAGCUAAAGAAGGAGAACGAGAGGCUGGUCCAUGAAGUUGAGAAGCUCAAGAAAAUUCAGGAGACUUGCAUGAUGAUUUUAGAAAGCAGAAACAUCAAUCCUGGUAGCAACAUAGAGGAGGAACAAGAGAUGCGUGCUUGUCGGGAAAAGACAACAAUGCUAACUAAGAAGGUCACAGAAGAAUUGAUGCUAUUUUGUCACACAGUUGAGAAAGAGAAGGAGAUGCUUGAGACAGCGAUGGCCAAGUGGAAAUCGGUGCAAGAGGAAAACCAGCGUGCCCUGGAGAAGCACUCCUACUUCCAAACUCAAAUCAAGGAAUGUACAGCCAUACUCGAAACGCUGGGGGAGCUCCUGGCAAUGUGAGGCACGAGGAUGGACUGGGAUUUUUGCUUUUUCACCUCUAGUUCAGUGGUCCCUGUCUGUCAAGCCCACUUCCUGCGUUUGGCGAUCCAAACGGAGUGGGGACGGACGGGGGGAGGGCCGAGGCAGCAGCGAUGGCCAGUUAUCCUCGCGUCGGGCGUUGGCCGCUCCGUCCCGGUCUCUGGUGUCCGCGGGUUCCGUUCAUUAAAGGUGCUGCAAGGACGCGCGGGUCUC